CUCUUAUUCAUUUAGGAGCAUCUGUAUUGGGUCCUCCCUUUGGAAAUUUCUCACCAUUCGGAGCACCAGCAUCUUUACUGACAUCAGCUCAUUCGCAUCGCUCCCCACAUCCCCCACACAGCCCACUUCAGCAGCAUCACCAACACCCAGCUCCUGCAGCAGCAUUUUUUCCACCACCCUUACUCUAUUGGUCAUAUCCUAGUCCACCGGUGUCACCAACCGCUUAUUAUGCCUCGCCGCCGACGCAUUCGACCACACAAUUGACUGGAAAUAUUGCUGCUACACAGCACCAAACCAUGUAUUCUUUGGAUUUUCUACCAGCAGUUCAGCCUUCUGCGGUUAGCCCUCCAAAUGUAGCCAUACAUUCCCCUAGUACUUACCUACCGCCAAAACCAUUUUCGGCUCUGCCGAUUUCUCCUAGGGCUACAGGUGCAUUAGGUGGUGGCAGUGGAAGUAGGUCGAAUGUCGGUGCCCUGCCACCUUACUAUAAUAAAUUGCCAUUGCCACUUCCAAUGUUGCAACCACAAACAAACAAUAUGUACCACUACAGCUCCUCGCCAUCGAUGACUGCAUCUCCACAGCCAAACUUACUCCAAUUGCCCAAUACACCGGCGUCAGCGCUACCUCCGAACCGAUCGGCCACAACCGGGUCUAUGCCGACAACAUCGACAGUUUUAUCCAUUCCGACUACAACGUUGCUCACAGUUGACACAUCCCAAAACGAAUGCGCGUCCCCUUUGAAAGUGGUACCUUCUACUCCUAAGCCCACGAGUAAAAUCUCCUUCAGCCGGGAUGUGGCCGCCAGUAAUGUCAAUGUAGUGCCGAACGCUUGCAGGGAACUUUAUAUUGCCUAACAGUUAAUACACUUAAAUACUUUUCUAUAUAAAGAUGGUGGCUGCGUUUCUUUAUACAUUCCGGAUAAUCCCAAUUCACAGCCGGAAUAAACAGAAUGCGUUUGAAAUAUACGUCAACAUAUAAUCAGGAACGUUCUAAGGAAUAAGUAAACAAAAAAGUUUAUUCCAAACGUUCAGAAUGAAUAAAGAAAUGCAGCCGGUAUGAAAAAAGAUUAUAUAGAGUGAUGUAUGUGCAAUAGAAAAUACGGAGACCUGUAGUUAUAGUCAAAAUAACUCUAAAGCAAGUUGCGGCUUUUUUGACAGAUAUCUCAUUGAAAAUUAGGUCAAAAAGCUCCAAUCACUUUUACAGUCGAUUUUGUUUUGACUAUAACUUCGAGCAUAGAUUUAAAUAAACUUAAAAGUGGCUACAGUUUUUCCAACUUAGCAGUAGUAAUAUAUUUAUUCUUGUACCACAUAUGAAUUCCACACUUCUUGCCAAUUUGUUAAGCAUAUCGUCGUUUAAAGUACAAAACCGCGUAACAAACAUGUUUUGCCAAAAAUUGUAUUUGCUCACAGAAGCUC